CAUUCCAAGUUUCCAACCCAGACUUCUAUCUCUCAUUCUCGUUCUUCUUCACCUCUUCUUUCGUGUUCUAAAGUCUAAACCCUCAAUGGGAACUUCAUUUCUACUAUUUAAUUGGAGACUUAGCUUCUCUUGUUCUCCCAAUUUGGGACAGAGACAGGGACAUAUAUGGUGGUUGUGGCUCCUGUUCUGGUUUCGGUUUAAUUCUAGGGCAUGCUAAAUGGAUUCUUCUCGUUCGCUCACGUUCUAUGAUUUUCUCGAUCGAAUGCGUCAUCCUGCUUCGCUCGAUCUCGUUCGCUCCAUAAAAAGCUUCAUUGUAUCCUUUUCAUUUCAUACUUCCAACUCCGAAAAUGAUAGCAAAAGGCUACAAGACUUCCUUUCAACAAUGGAGACGUCUAUUAGUGAUCAUCCAUUAUGGUCUGGUGCCUCUGAGGAAGAAAUUGACUGUGCCGUCGAGGGCUUGGAGAAGUAUGUCAUGACAAAAUUGUAUGCCCGUACAUUUGCUUCCUCUCAAGAGGAUACUAAGGUUGAUCAAGAGAUCUCGGAGAAAAUAAAUUUGUUGCAAAAGUUUGUUAGACCUGAACAUUUGGAUAUACCUGAAGCUCUUCAUAAUGAAACUUCAUGGCUGCUUGCAGAGAAAGAGCUGCAGAAAAUGAAUGCCUUCAAAUCUCCUCGUGAGAAGCUUCUGUGUGUUUUGAAUUGUUGCAGGGUCAUCAACAAUUUGCUUCUCAAUGUUUCAAUGUCAGCACAUCAUGUUCUAGCCGGGGCUGAUGACUUCCUUCCGGUUCUUAUUUAUGUUACCAUCAAGGCCAACCCCCCUCAGUUGCAUUCCAACCUCAAAUUCAUCCAACUAUUCAGGCGGCAGUCAAAACUCGUCUCAGAAGUUGCUUAUCACUUUACAAAUGUCAUGUCUGCCAAAUUGUUUAUUGUUGACUUGGAUGGCAACUCUCUCUCCAUCGAUGAAGCAGAAUUUCAAGAGAACAUGCUUGCAGCAAGGUUGACUAAAGGUGACACACGAAAAGACCCGUGCCCCACACUGCAGUCAGCUAGGCCCACAUAUCAAGGUCAUUUCUCAAGAAAGCUUAGUGAGGAGAUCAAUGCUCUUGAUGAGGGAGAUUAUCCUUUCAUGGAAGCUAAGCCUGGAGAUCUAACUGUCACGGAUGUUGAGAUAUUGCUUAAUUUGUACAAGGAUGUUGUCAAAAAAUAUUCGAGUCUCUGUCGGACAGUGAGAAGCCUCUCCCCAUCCAAGGAACCAUCUGUUAUGCCUCUUUCAGAAGAAGCCAAGCUUGAUUUACCUGUUCAACCUGAGCAGCAACAGCAUCAACAGGCACCGGACAUUAUAGAUCCUGGACCCGAAUGACUAGUUGUGAGUUCACUCUUUAUCGUU